AUGGACAUGACCUUUGAUAGCAAAAUCUGCCUCGCUAUAGCCAGCGUUGGAGUUGCGACAGUCAUAGCCGCAACGGGCAUUGUGGUGAUCCUCCGCACACCAUGGCUAGAGAGCCACGCUGUUUACAUGCACCGUCUGAAACUCACCGAGGGAAAGGACCUCGACAAGCCCGAACAAUUUGGCUUUGCACACAAUCAAGUGUCGCCCUUCUACAUCGAGACCGAUGAUGCAGUCAAACUCUAUACCUGGCAUGUUUUGCCUCUUGGUCUUUACCAUAUGCAUUACCAGCAGCUCGCCCGGCGCAGAGUUCGCUCGCCUAUAGCUGAAGAUUUCAUGAAGACUCUCAACUUUCAGCUUCUCAAGGACGACCCAGAGAGUAGACUGGUGAUACACACUCACGGGUCCUCAGGAGCGCUGGCUGCCUAUGCACGGGCUGAUACGUAUCGCUACAUGUCAGCGUUGGCGCCCGGAAAGAUACAUGUUCUCGCGUUUGAUUAUCGAGGCUUUGGCCACUCCACAGGAAGUCCGACUGAAGAAGGCUUGAGAGCGGAUGUGCAAAGCGUGUACAAAUGGGUGACGGAGGUGGCCAUGGUCUCUCCUGAGCGCAUCGUGGUCUUUGGACAGUCCAUGGGUGCCGGUCCUGCCAUUUCCCUCGUCCGUGAGCUCAGCCUGCACCAUAUUUCAGUUGCAGGGCUUGUUGUCACGGGCGCCAUCACAGGCGUGCCCGAGUGCUUGACAGAAUACCGCGUGCUUGGACUGCGUGUCUUACCCAUCGGCCGAUUCCCAGCUCUGGUCUCCUGGCUGACGGGAAGCAUGAGAAAUAAAUGGCCAAAUAAGGAUCGAUUGAUGGAUAUCGUACGCCACGGUGCUCGGUACCAUAUUGAAAUUUUCCAUGCCGAGGAUGAUCCUAUCGUACCCUGGUAUCUCAGUGAUGAAUUCUUCCAGUGUGCUGUCACUGCUUCCUGGGAUGGCACAAUGAGUAAGGUGGAGUUUGAACAGAAGAAGGGAGCAAGUAGAACCGACAUGGGUGAAGGAGGCUGGUUUGCUGAAUGGCGGACUGCAAAGGGGCUCAUUCGACAGGAAGUCACUCGAUACGGUGUCCAUGACAAGAUCAUGUCUCAUCCACAAGUUGCAAUGGCAGUAUAUCGGGCUUUUCAAAGCGCGAACCCCCUGUUUAUGACGUAG